AUGGAGGCCAGGGGAUGCUGCCCUGAGGCUUUGGGGAAAGCUAGGAGAUGCUGCCCUGAGGCCCUGGGCAAGCUUCUGCCUGGCCUCUGUUUCCUCUGCUGCCUAGUGACCUAUGCACUGGUGGGUGCUGCCCUCUUCUCUGCAGUCGAGGGCCGCCCUGACCCAGAGGCAGAGGAGAACCCGGAAUUGAAGAAGUUCCUGGACGAUCUGUGCAGCAUCCUGAAAUGUAACAGGACAGCGGUGGAAGGCAACAGGACGGCCCUGUGUAAGCAUCUGCAGCAGAUAAAACCCCAGUGGUUCAAGGCGCCUGCAGACUGGUCCUUCCUGAGCGCUCUCUUCUUCUGCUGCACCGUGUUCAGCACAGUGGGUUAUGGCCACAUGUACCCCGUCACCAGGCUUGGCAAGUUCCUGUGCAUGCUGUACGCUCUCUUUGGGAUCCCUUUGAUGUUCUUGGUCCUUACAGACAUAGGGGACACCCUAGCCACCAUCUUCUCCAGGGCUUACAAUCGGUUCCAGGCUCUCCUUUGCCUCCCCUGCACUCCCUCCGCCUGGUGCUCCAGCCUGCUCUGCAGGAGGCAGCCUGACGUCAAACCUGUGGGUGAAGCCAUCCCUCAGAUCGUCAUCAGCGCUGGUGGUGCUGAUGCCGAUGAGCUCCUGGACCCCCAGCCGCACAGGGGGCCUGCACCGCCGAGCUGCGGUGUGGAGUUAUUUGAGAGAUUAGUUGCACGAGAGAAACAGGACAGCCUGCAACCUCCCAUGAGGCCUAUAGAGAAGAGCAACUCGUGCCCUGAGCUGGUGCUGGGACGACUGUCCUGUUCUAUCCUUAGCAAUCUGGAUGAAGUGGGCCAGCAGGUGGAGAGGCUGGACAUCCCUCUCCCUGUCAUUGCCCUGGUCAUCUUCGCCUACAUCUCCUGUGCAGCUGCUAUCCUCCCCUUCUGGGAGACGGAGCUGGGCUUUGAGGAUGCCUUCUACUUUUGCUUCGUCACGCUGACCACCAUCGGGUUUGGGGACAUCAAGCUGAAUCGUCCCCACUUCUUCCUCUUCUUCUCCGUUUACAUCAUCGUUGGCAUGGAGAUUGUCUUCAUCGCCUUCAAACUGAUGCAGAACAGGCUCCUGCGAGCCUACAAAAUACUCAUGCUGUUCUUUGCAGAAGGGAAGUUUCACUACCUUGCUAAAAGGUGA